CCCACAGGACGCAGCUCGACUCGGCCAUUUCAGCCAGAGCACAAGUUAUAACUGUUCUCAGUGAGGAAGGAGGGAGAACGUGCCUAGCUCCAUGAACUGAAAACUUCGGAAACGCCUACAGAGGGACAUCUAAUCGUCAGGAAAAGUCACGUAAAGCUCGUGAAUAGCGCUGUAAUUAAAGCAGGCGGUGUAAUAUGGGGAACCGGGUGGCGCGUGAGGAUUUUGAAUGGGUUUAUACCGACCAGCCACAUGCCGACCGGAGGAAAGAGAUUCUCGCCAAAUAUCCAGAGAUAAAAUCUCUAAUGGGACCUGACCCGAGGCUAAAAUGGAUUGUCUGCAUGAUGGUAGCCAUCCAGUUCCUGGCCUUUUACCUCGUCAAGGAUUUGGAAUGGAAGUGGGUCCUGUUUUGGACUUACGCAUUUGGCAGUUGCAUCAACCACUCCAUGACUUUAGCCAUUCAUGAAAUUUCCCACAACACAGCAUUUGGCAACAAUCGUGCAAAAUGGAAUCGCUGGUUCGCCAUCUUUGCCAACCUGCCCAUUGGUCUGCCAUACUCGGCCUCCUUCAAGCGCUACCACCUCGACCACCACCGCUAUUUGGGUGGGGAUGGCGUGGACGUGGACAUUCCGACCAACUUUGAGGGCUGGUUCUUCUGCACUCGCUUUCGCAAGUUUGUUUGGAUUAUUCUUCAGCCGCUGUUCUAUGCAAUUCGACCUCUGUGCAUCAAUCCAAAACCCAUCAGUCAGUUGGAGCUAGCUAAUGCGGCUAUCCAGUUUACAUUCAACUUUCUUCUCUAUUGGCUGUUGGGUGCCAAGCCUUUGUUUUACAUGCUGGCUGGCUCAAUGCUGGGAAUGGGCCUGCAUCCCAUCUCUGGACACUUCAUUGCUGAGCAUUACAUGUUCCUCAAGGGCCAUGAGACCUAUUCUUACUAUGGAUCGCUGAAUCUGCUCACUUUCAACGUAGGCUACCACAAUGAGCACCAUGACUUCCCCAGCAUCCCGGGACGAAGGCUCCCUCUGGUGAAGAAAAUAGCAGCAGAGUAUUACGAUGAUCUGCCGUGUUACACAUCGUGGUUGAAAGUCCUCUAUGAUUUCAUCAUGGAUGACGAGCUGAGUCCAUACUCGCGUGUGAAGAGAAAGCUGAAGGGAGACCUAAAGUUGGAGUGAAUGGAUUUUCUUUGACCAAAAAUGAUUGCCGAGCCUCAGACGUGCGCACACACUCCCCCCACCUACUAACCCCUUCAGUAACACACUUAGGGACUAAGUUGUGUGUGAGUGAACAAAGACAGGCUUUAUUUUGUGUGUGUGUAUGCCUGUGAGUGUGUGUGUUUGUGCGCUUGCAAUUGAGAGAGUGGUAAUUUUAUUUGAAUCAUUUCAAUGUCUUCAAAGUCUGUUGGUGAAACUGGAAUCAUUCCUCGUUCCUUGGGUUUUCACACACUGCAGCUUUGUUGAGUACAUAAUUCCUGUUUGUUUAGGAAUUUUCAAAGAUAUGUCACUGCACAUUUUAAUUUUUGUGUGAGCUUCUUUUCUUCACUUAAACAAUUUUUUAAAUGUUUUCUUAAAAUUAAAACCUUAAUAUGGCUAGUGUACUUCUAAAGUCUAAACGCCUAGUCCAAAAGAAAUAUGACCAGAAAUGGCUCCUAAACCUGACUCACCUUGACACAACCGUCUGGUUUCUACCAGCAAGUGACAGUGUCCUGCCAUCAGUGCUUAUCACCGUCUGUGGAUUUUAAUGGGACAUUUUUCUGUCUGUAUGACUAACAUGAGGAGUGUGCACUCAAGGUGUGGACCUGUUUAAGUUCUCUCUGACUGAUAACUUAUCGUGCAUAUUUAUUCUUAGACGUAGCCAGAGCAUUUGGAGAGCUGGUGACCUUGCUUGCAGAACAGCGUGUUGCUGUAACAAAUUUUAAAACGAAGCUUGUGUGGUGAUGUGUAAAUGAUUUGUAAUGUUGGGCUUAAAGACAUUUAACGGGUUGGAGAAAUGUUACUUCUCAGUGACCCGGUAGCCGUCCCGCACUUUAAAGGUUUGUGUUAGUCAGCUCCAGCUUCAAUCAAACGGAACUGCGUCAAUACAUU